CUCCCCCACCCCUUCCCGGCGCCCCCUCUCGAUGAGCGCGCGAUCCGAGGCCGGUUGCUUUUGACCUCUCUGGACCGAGCUGCACUUCGCCGCCUCCCCCCCCCUCCCUUAUAUACCCGCCUAAAGCUCAUCUCGGCUGCCUUGUCCUGGGCGCAUUUCCUCCCUCUGGCACAGGCUUUCAUUGAUGCGGCGCGCCCGCUAGUGCCAUCCUACGCACCCCCCCAUCCCCAUCCAAAUCUUUUGACUUCCCGACUCCUGUUCGCUUCUUCCGAGUCAACACCAUGCCGCCGUCUGAUCCCUCGGCCAAGUCGUCUGCGGCGUCGGACCUUAAGAAUGCCGUCGAUGCCGCCCUGAACGCUGUCAAGGCCGACUCCCAGAGUCGAGCCUCGCAUGCUUCGGCCGAUGCGGCGAUUGUUGCUCACGAGACCCGCACCGAGCUGGAGGCCCGCUCCAAGCGUUUUACGGUUUACAAGGUCGUUGUCAGCGGGCCUCAGCAUCGCUGGGUCAUCUACCGUCGGUAUAACGAUUUCUAUGAGCUCCAUGCCAGCUUGGUCAAGCUCUUCCCCAAAGAGAAUCUCCCUCUGCCGGCCAAGCGCCUGCUCGGCAACAACUUCGACCCGAGCUUCAUCGAGCAACGCCGCGAGGGCCUCCACUCGUAUAUCCAACGGGUCCUCACCCGGCCGCACCUCCUGCACAGCCAGCCGGUACGCGACUUCCUCUCGGAUGGCAGCUCGGUUUUCGACCCGAGCGCUUCGCCGUCGGCCGGCGGAGGGAUAGCCAUUCCCCCGGGUGGCCAUGCGUCGACUCUGGCCUCGCCAGCCGCUUCGAUCUCCUCGCACCCGCAGCACCAGCACCUGGUCAAUGCGGCCUCCGGCGACCAGUUGUCUCGGUCACACGCCUCGACCGACUCCUCCUCGACUCUGUACUCGUCGUCGCCGAGCGGUGGCCCGGCCGGGUCCUCCUCUUCGGCCACGCUGGCCGGGCCGCAUGGCCCUGGCGCCGGUUCGGGCAGUCGUCUGGCCGGUCGGCCCAAGAAGGCCGCUCUCAAUGAUUUCGAGCUGCUGCGCGUCAUCGGGCGCGGGUCUUUCGGCAAGGUGGUUCUCGUUCGCCACAAGACCACCACGCGCAUCUACGCCCUGAAGGUCAUCUCCAAGAAGGCUAUUCGCCAGCGCGACGAGGCCAAGCACAUCAUGGCCGAGCGCAAUGUCCUCGUGCAGAAUGUCAAGCAUCCCUUCCUGGUGGGCCUGCGGUAUUCCUUCCAGACCCCGGAGAAGCUGUACCUGGCUCUGGAUUAUGUCAAUGGCGGGGAGCUCUUCUUCCAUCUGCAGCGCGAGCGCUGCUUCGAGGAAUCGCGCGCGCGUUUCUAUGCCGCCGAGAUUGUCUCGGCUCUGGAGUACCUGCACAGUGUGGACAUCAUCUACCGCGACCUGAAGCCGGAGAAUAUCCUGCUGGAUGCGGAGGGCCACAUUGCCCUGACGGAUUUUGGCCUGGCCAAGGAGGGUGUCGAGUCUGGUCGCACGACCAGCACUUUCUGCGGCACGCCGGAGUACCUGGCUCCGGAGGUCCUGCGCAAGCAGGACUAUGGCAAGGCCGUUGACUGGUGGUGCUUGGGUGUGGUGCUUUUCGAGAUGAUCGUCGGUCUGCCGCCCUUCUAUUCCCGCGAUUGCAAUGAGAUGUAUGAUCGGAUUCUGCAUGAUAAGCUGCGCUUCCCGCAAAAGGUGUCCAGCUCGGCGCGCUCGCUCAUUUCCCUGCUUCUUAUCCGUGAUCCCACCCAGCGCCUGGGCGGGUGUGAGAAUGGUGCUCUUGCCGUGCAGGGGCACGAGUUCUUCAAGGACAUCGAUUGGGCCCUGCUCUUCAACCGUGGCUACCAGCCCCCCUUCAAUCCGCAGGUGGACGGCCCGCUGGACCUGCGCAACUUCGAUCCCCAGUUCCUGGAUGAGCCGAUCCCCGAGUCGCUGCGCCGUGAGUCGGCUCUGGCCGAGGCUGCGUCUGUGGCCGCGGCGACGGCCGCCUCUCGCGGCGGCGGUGGCAGCCCCCUGGACGGGGGUUACUCCACGUCCGGGGCCGAUGCCGCCUCCACCCUGGAGGAGGGUCGCAUUGUGGUUGAUGUUGAGAUUGAUGACGCCUUCGCCGGGUUCAGCUACGCCGGUGACGAGGACAGCUUCCUUUCCGGGGCUCUGGCCGAUGACGCGUUCGAGAGCGGCUACUCCUACUUCAACCGUGGUGGCGCCGCCGGGGGUCCGGUCUUCUGAGCGACCUUCGGUCCUGUCCCUCCCCCUCAUCCCAUAUCCCCCCUGUGGCCCACCCAAUGAGGAUGUGUCUGUCCUAAGCAUAUUGUCGGGGGAGAGGAGGAAGCCCCCCAAGAGUGGGCAUGCACUCCGGUGCAUGCCCCUUUUGUGCCCGACUCUCCCCUCCGCAUCGGGUGUCCCUUCAUUUUUACCCCCCCCCCC